UCAGGCGCACAGCGGAAGUGGAGCUGAGCUCAGUCAGUCAUGGCGAGCAGCCGCACGGACACAGCGAUGUCACAGAGUAAACAGCACUCGUUCAUUUGCUGUUUGUUCCUUGUGAUACAGUUAACGACGGUGCCAGUUUGGACCAAACCGGACAGCCUUAGAGAAGUCACCGACGGCAACUGGGAAGAAAUCCUCACCGGAGAAUGGAUGAUUGAAUUCUAUGCUCCCUGGUGUCCGGCAUGUCAGCAACUGCAGUCGGUGUGGAAGGAGUUUGCAGACUGGGGGGAGGACAUGGGGGUCAACAUAGCCAAGGUGGACGUCACAGAACAACCAGGUCUGAGUGGACGAUUCAUCAUCACUUCACUUCCUACUAUUUAUCACUGUAAGGAUGGCGCCUUCCGGAAGUACCAGGGAGCGCGCACGAAAGAUGACUUUCUCAGCUUCGUCGACGAGCAGAAAUGGACAGCUGUGGAGCCAAUUUCAUCUUGGUUCGGGCCGUCGUCAUUUUUGAUGAAUUCAAUGUCUGCUUUGUUCAAGCUCUCCAUGUUUAUCCGGCGUUGUCACAAUUACAUGACCGAGCAUCUGGGGAUUCCUGUUUGGGGGUCGUAUGUGAUCUUCGGCUUGGCCACUCUGUUCUCUGGCCUUGUGCUCGGACUGUUACUGGUGUUCAUCGCAGACUUUGUCUUCCCCUCGAGACGCUUUUCCUCUCCUGACUACUACCAGAAGAAACAAACGAUGGAGCAGGCGAGGUUAAUCCACCAACAAGAGGACGCGCACGAGGCCGACGGCGAGGAAGAGGAGGAUGAUGAGGACGACGAGGAGGACGGGGACCAGGGCGAUGUCUGGAGGAGAAGGAGACGAGGGUCCCCCGAGGGUCGCCCUGAGCCCAGGGGUCAGGGUUUGCCCGACGAAGCCCUGAGGAAGAGGGUGGUGCGCACCCGCGAGGAGCAGGAGGAAGAGGAGGAGGACACCUAGAGCUUCACAUGGCCCGUACUCCUUUUUUGAAAAGAAUGCCGUGGAGACAGCAGAGCUGGAGGAGCUUUGGUCCCGAGCAACAGUGUUUACAGCAGGGAGCCCUCAACUUCCCUUUGUCACCUCCCCUUCUCCUCCUUCCUCCUUCCUCCUUUUACCGUGGGCCUCCAGAAACACCCAGUUUCUUUUCUUCUCCUUCCCUUGUUUUUGAACGGGAGCGCUUUAGACUCACCGCUGCCGCCCUCUCUGCCUGAGCAGCAGGCUGGAAAAAAAAAAGAAUACAACACUCCUGACACCUGUUUUCACGUGUGGGAACAAAAAAACAGCCAGGCUGAGGUUUAGUGAUGAAGAGCAGUGGAGCUGGAUUUUGCCGGGUGCUUUAUGCUAUGCAUCUUUUUUUUUUUUUCCUUUUCUUCCUUUUUUUUUUUUUAUGUAUUAUGUGUUUUUUCUCUAUGAAUUAUUAUCCCAGGCUUUGUGUUUUAGCCUCAUCGUUGAGUUUUUACUCCUCUGCUGAAGUGUACGUGCAAGUAUUUUAUGUUUCAUAGUGUGUUUUACAAACCGGGAAUUAACAAUCUUUGACACACCGUUCCACAACAAUAAUGAGUACGAGAGAGUGAUUUUAAAAAAAAAGAAAAUUAAAACGUCCACCGUGUUGUAAAUUUAUACCUUAAAACUCCAAGGUUUAAUGUUACAGCGACUUUUUUUUUAGAAAGAACAGCAGCAGAUGAACAAAAUUGUUUUAAAGGUUCAAUGUGUAAAAGUUAGUGAUGUCGUUGAAAGCUCUGACUUCAGGAACACCUGAAAAUAUGAUGAGAACGUCCCUUCUUAUUCUUAAACUUGAUAGUGUACAUUUCAUGUGUGCAUUUAAAUUGGAGGUCUGUUGGUUGUCAGUCAAAUAUUGCAUAUUGGACCUUUAUCACUGCUGCAGGAAGUUCAUUCGUUGACAUUUUCCCACGCUGCCUAAACACGGACAAUAAUGUCACUUUUCUAAAGUAGCUAUUAAUAAUAUAAUGGUGUAGGUCGUAGUGUAAGAUAUACAUACAAUAAUAUUAAUAAUACAGAUUUGUUGGGCCCUCAGUUAGCCAAACAAGAACAAAACCUGAUUCAUGUGUUCAUUUUUGGGACAGAGGUCACGGUUCAUGAUGUUCUGUCGAUCAAAAAUCUGGUAAAUCUGCCUUUUAUUAAAUUUUUUUUUUCUUUUUUUCAUUUUCUAAUAAUUAGAGGGGAGCACGUUUUGCAGUGCAGUAUGUGCAUGCCGUAAUCUAAUGAAAGAGAUGAAUCAUUUCUUUUUAGAAAUGGGUCCAAACACUGCUCAGGUGUGUGGAACGGUGCAAGGACAAUGGAAAAAAACAACACAAAACAAAGAAAGUUCAAAGUGGACUUUGAUUAAGUCUAAACAAAAAUCUUAACAUGAAUUUACAAAGUUAAUUUAAUCGAGUUUACAUUGAAUGAAAAUGUCCUCGCUCAUGAGCACAGCCUAUAAGAUUUCAACUUUGUAAAGCAUCAAGGAGCAAUUUAUCUGUGUGUGUGUGUAUGGGAAGUAAUUUCAAAUCUACAAAUCACUCUUAUUAUGAUUUAAAUGCUUUUUUUUUUUUAUUCCGAAACAAACACAAAAGAGGUUGUUUUUUCAUUAUUUACCUGACCACAUUUACAGCUUGUAGCAUUGACAGUCAGCUGUGCUCCUCAUUGUUUUAACAUUUCUUUGAAUAAAGGAUUAAUUCUGA